AUGAAAUAUUUAGCACAUUUAGGGUUUAUUUACGUUGCUUUGGUAUUCUUAUUACCAUUCUUUGGAUCUACUGCUCAUGCUGAUGAAGUUGAUAAUUAUGGUACUGUCAUUGGUAUUGAUUUAGGUACUACUUAUUCAUGUGUUGGAGUCAUGAAAAAUGGUAAAGUAGAAAUUUUAGCAAAUGAUCAAGGUAAUAGAAUUACUCCAUCAUACGUUUCAUUUAACAAUGAAGAAAGAUUAGUUGGUGAUGCUGCAAAAAAUCAAGCUGCAUCAAAUGUAAAUAAUACAAUUUUUGAUAUCAAAAGAUUAAUUGGUUUAAAAUAUAAUGACGAAUCUGUUCAAAAAGAAUUAAAACAUUUACCUUAUAAAAUUGAAAAUAAAAAUAAUAAACCAGUUGUAAAAGUUGAAUAUCAAAAUGAAGAAAAAGUUUUUAGUGCUGAAGAAAUUUCUGGUAUGAUUUUAGGUAAAAUGAAAUCAAUUGCUGAAGAGUAUUUAGGAAAGAAGGUUACCCACGCCGUCGUCACUGUUCCAGCUUAUUUUAAUGAUGCACAAAGACAGGCAACUAAAGAUGCUGGUACAAUUGCAGGUUUAAAUGUUUUACGUAUUGUUAAUGAACCAACAGCUGCUGCAAUUGCAUAUGGAUUAGAUAAAGGCGAUAAAGAAAAACAAAUUAUUGUUUAUGAUUUAGGUGGUGGUACUUUUGAUGUUUCUUUAUUAACAAUUGAAGGUGGAGUAUUCGAAGUCUUAGCUACUGCGGGUGAUACACAUUUAGGUGGUGAAGAUUUUGAUUUUAAGAUUGUUAGAUAUUUAGCAAAACAAUUUAAAAAGAAACAUGGUAUUGAUAUUACUUCAAACUCAAAAGCAAUUUCAAAAUUAAAAAGAGAAGCUGAAAAGGCUAAACGUACUUUAUCAUCACAAAUGUCUACAAGAAUUGAAAUUGAUAGUUUUGUUGAUGGUAUUGAUUUUUCAGAAACUUUAUCAAGAGCAAAAUUUGAAGAAUUAAAUUUAAGUUCAUUUAAAAAAACUUUAAAACCAGUUGAAUCUGUUCUUAAAGAUGCAGGUGUAAAGAAAGGCGAUAUCGAUGAUAUUGUCCUUGUUGGGGGUUCAACAAGAAUUCCAAAAGUUGUUGAAUUAUUAGAAGAUUUUUUUGGUAAGAAAGCAUCAAAAGGUAUCAAUCCAGAUGAAGCAGUUGCAUAUGGUGCUGCUGUACAAGCUGGAGUUUUAUCAGGUGAGGAGGGUGUUGAUGACAUCGUCUUGUUGGACGUCAAUCCUUUAACUUUGGGAAUUGAAACCUCAGGCGGUGUUAUGACAACCUUAAUCAAGAGAAAUACUGCCAUUCCUACCAAAAAAUCUCAAAUUUUUUCCACUGCCGUUGAUAACCAACCAACUGUCCUUAUUAAGAUUUUCGAAGGUGAGAGAUCCCUUUCGAAAGAUAAUAACUUAUUAGGAAAGUUUGAGUUAACAGGCAUUCCACCAGCACCAAGAGGUGUACCUCAAAUUGAAGUUACUUUUGCAUUGGAUGCUAAUGGUAUUUUAACUGUUAGUGCUGAAGAGAAACAAAGUGGAAACAAGGAAAAAAUUGAAAUUAAAAAUGAGAAAGGCAGAUUGUCUCCUGAAGAAAUUGAAAGAAUGAUUUCCGAAGCUGAAAAAUAUAAAGAAGCUGAUGAAGAAAUCAAAAACAAAAUUGAAUUACGUAACAAGUUUGAAAAUUUAAUCAGUUUAAUCAAAAGUCAAAUUAGUAAAAAUAAAGAUAAACUUGAUGAUUCAGAAAUUGAAACUAUUGAAGAAGCUAUUGAAGAUGCUAAAGCUGUUAUUAAUGAUGAAUCUUCUUCAUUACAAGAUCUUGAAGAUCAAUAUGAAAAAUUCGUCGAAGCAACUAAUCCAAUCAAUGCUAAACUUUACUCAGGUGGUGCUGAAGGUGGUGCUGAAGGUGGUGCUGAAGGUGGUGCCAAAUUUGGAGAUGAUGAUUCUGAUGAUGAUUUAGAUCACGAUGAAUUAUAG